UGUAUAUAAAAGCAAACGAAAAAUCAGAGAGAUUCAUAAUAGGCCCCUAUGUUUAUUUGUCUAUAGGUCUUACCAACAAAUUUUUCUUCAGAAAGGCAUUUUAUAAUGCUUAGGCAUAUUUGUUUAAUUAUUAUAUCUACGGUAGUGGAAAUAAAUUACGUAGAAAGUUCUAAACCUGCUGAUGGAAAUGUGAUAAUUGGAGAGCCAUGCAAACAGAACAUAUGUCAAAAUGGUGCUGAGUGCAUAGUUCAGAACGGGAACGUGUGGUGCAACUGCCCUCUGGGAUAUCAAGGAAGUUGGUGCGAACAAGCGAUCGACGAAUGUUACAGUAUGCCAUGCAAAAACGGAGCAAUCUGCGAAGAUGAAAUCAAUGGUUACAGAUGUCAAUGCCGAGAGGGAUACGGAGGCGUUAACUGUGAAAGAGAGACCAACGAGUGUCGAAGCUCACCCUGCAUGAACGGUGGCACUUGUUUUGAUCAGUUCAACGGAUAUACUUGUGUAUGCACAAAGAAGUAUAUGGGACAAAACUGCGAAAUAAUAUUGUCGGGAAAGAAGAAUUUCUGCAAACGGAGACAGGAUGGAAAUUACAGGAACCCGGAAAGCUGCUCAAGCUUCAUCCAAUGCAGCGGAGGCCGACUGACCGUGCAGAAGUGCCCCGGCAAACUAGCGUACGAUGUGCAUUCGGAUACCUGUGACUACCCUUCUAAGAUUCGAGACUGCCAUCUAGAGUCCAACUUCUGCUAUCGGAGAAGAGAUGGCAAUUACCGAAACCCCAAAGACUGCACGCAGUUCUACCAAUGCUCUGGUGGAGAGGACUACAUCCAGUACUGCCAGAAAGGUCUGGUAUAUAAUCAAAACUAUGACAAAUGUGACUACCCGUAUAAUGUACCAGAAUGUGAAUUUGUUGGAAAGAAUGACGGUCGGUUUUGUGAUGAUCGUCCAGAUGGAAAUUACAGACAUCCUAACGAUUGUAAGAAGUUCUUCACGUGUUCUUCGCACAUACGGUACAUUUUCAAGUGUCCAGUGGGCCUGGUUUAUAAUCGAGAUAAAGGUGUAUGUGACUGGCAAUCGAAUGUACCAGAGUGUUCAUGCAACCGAUGUGGAUUCUGUACAAAAACCUCGACUGAUACCUAUCCACAUGCUUCAGAUUGCAAACAAUUUUUACAGUGCUCAAACGGAAUACUAAUAACACGGUCUUGUCCAUCAGGUCUAGUAUACGUCGCUUCCAAGCAUAGAUGCGACUACCCACCAUCAACUGGUGCCUGUUCUUCCAUCAUAGGUAACGGUUUUUGUCAUGGAAAGUUUAAUGGAUUGUACAGUGACCCAGAUAAUUAUAGUCGAUUUUAUCAAUGUUCAAAUGGUGUUCCAUAUCAUUACAGCUGUCCUAGCGGGUUAGUGUACAACGAACCGACAAAGCGGUGCGAGUAUCCGCAAUACGUCCCUGGAUGUGAUAUACCCACAGAUGUUCACAACCCUUUCUGUGAUUACAAACAAGAUGGUCUCUAUCGGGAUCCGAGCGAUUGUAAUAAGUUCUUUAAAUGCUUUGGACAUCUUACCUACCAUUUGUCAUGCGCCGAAGGGCUAGCGUUUGACAAAAAGCGUCUAGCCUGCAGAAAUAGUCGUCAUGUCGCUGAGUGUGCGGAACCAGAGGCUAACAUGUGUGCCCGCCGCGAAGAUGCCGUGACGCGGGAUCCGAACUCUUGCUCGCGGUUUUUUAUAUGUAAAGAUGGAAUGCAGUUCUCUCGGAAGUGCUACAGUGGAUAUGCCUACAGCUCAGAAACUGGGAAAUGCGAACCAAGAUCACAAGUACCCGGAUGUAACGAGCAGGAUGAAACGUGUACUGGGAAGCCGGACGGGAAUUACCCUCACCCUCGUGACUGCACUAAGUUCAUUUUUUGCAGCUCUGGUUUUGGCUACAGCCGUUCAUGUGGUGAAGGAAUGACCUACAACAGCAGGACUAAACGUUGUGAGCCUUAGCUUUGUUUGUGCACAUACCGUAUAAACCGUCCUGUUUGCAAAUUAUCAAUGCUAAGAUGUGACUAGAAUCAACGACACAGUAUAACUAAAUUUUACCAUUUUCUAAUUUAAGUAUCGUAUGUUACGUCGUAUUUUGUAAUAUAUGUCGUAUUUUGUAAUACCUGUCGUAUUUUGUAACAAACCUUGUCGUAUUUUGUAAUAACAGAGCUGUUGUAUUUUGUAAUAACUAUCUGUCGUAUAUUUUAAUAAACUGAACUGUCAUAUCUUGUGGUAAAGUCUGUCGUAUUUUGUAAUAACACAUCAAAUGCAUGAUUUCUUCCAUACUUUGACAGUUUUUGAGCGAAUAAAGUUUUUCAUUGGUUUAAUAAAAUAUUUGUUGGUGUAGCUGUAUGAUAAAAAGAGGUAAAAAGUCGCGUGAAAAGUAAUAUAUUUUAAAAAAUCUUUUCAUUUACUGUAUAAUACACAAAAGCUGUAUAUAAUACAAUACUUUAAUGUGCAACUUUGUCAAAUAACCGCUAAUGACCUCUGAUCUUGAAAAUAAUUUCUGGUGAUCCUCAAGCAGGAGUCAUCUUUCUUACGCCAUUUUUUUUAAUAAAUUCAAAAAUAAUACAAAAAUAAUGGUUAUUUUUUUAAUGACCUUUAGUGCCAAUUGACCAUGUAACGGUUCCCAAUCACAAGCCAUUGUUAUCACAUCUAUAAAUUUUUUUUAUACAACGUUCAUUAUUGUAUAAUAAAAUGUGAGAAAUAUAUGACCUACUUGGACCUCUUUUUAUCACACAGUCACACUAAACAAUCAUUAUCACAAACAUGUUAUUUAACCCAUCAAAACCUGUAUAACUAUAACUAUAGAAAAAAAAGAGCGACCGACUAUGUGACCUUUGACCUCUUAGUGUAAUAUACUUAAUACCAAACAAAUCAUUAACACAAGUUUUCAUAUAAUCCCUCAGAAACUGCCAAAGUAUAGAAGAAAAUAGGCAUUUGAUGUGUUACAAAACACAACAGACUUCAUUACAAAAUACGACAGCUCAGUUUAUUACAAAAUACGACAGAGAGUUAUUACAAACUAUGACAGCUCUGGUAUAACAAAAAUACGACAAGGUUUGUUACAAAAUAUGGCAGGGACGUAUUACAAAAUACGACGAUUAUUUCAAAAUACGACAUAUUAACCAUAUGCUGUUAAGAUACAUUAAUUGUAAGAUUUACUUUGUGAAACAGUCAAUACUAUCGAACAUACACAUUAUGAUUAUUAUUAUUAUUAUUAUUAUUAUUAUUAUUAUUAUUAUUAUUAUUAUGGAUUAUAAUAUUAUUAUUAUUACUACUACUAUUGUUCUCAUUAUUAUUAUUAUUGAAAUUUUAUAAUUUAUUUAGAUUUAAUAGUUAGGAAUAUGGGUCAAGGCUCAUUAAGUGAAGACAUCUGUCUUUAGAAUAAUUGGUAAUCCCACUAACACAAAGCAUAGUAUAAUGAUAAUUGUAAUAAUUCAAAAGUUUUGUAUGAGCUAUUCAAUUGUUAUAUUAACUUUAUUAUAAGUUUUCCUUCUGUCAUUGUUGUUUAUACCAAUCUUCAAUUUAGUUCUACAACUGCACAGUUUUUGAAUUAAAAAAAAAUACAGCAAAUAGAAAA